AUGUUGCUCCUCCGAGGACUGAUAAUAUUUUUGAAUCUGAAUGCGGUCCUUGGCCUUCGAAUCUUAUUCUAUGUGAGCAUUUUUGGGAAGAGCCAUUUGGACUACUCGGAUUCGCUGAUCAAUGUGCUCACGGAAAAAGGGCACACCGUUGUGAGUUCUCCUUUUUCCCUUUCGGUCCUUACCGCGGUUAUCUCAGGAUCUGGUGAUAGCUCGAAUAAACGACAAGGUCGUUGGAAACGGGCGGAACACAGCGGAAAGGGUGUAUUCUGUGGAGUUCACGAACGGAAGUCUCUGGGGAAACGCCUCUCAUCUCGUCGAUCCGUUCGAGGACUGCCCGUUCUACUACGGGGAUUUCAGAGAAUGGAACAGUAUCGGACAUGCACUGUGUGAAAGUGAGUCAACCGCUGGGACCAUGAAACUUUGCAUGUGUCUCUGUGUAUUGUAUCGAUUUGAAUAACAGCAAAACUAAUAGGUUUCUUAAGGCUCCAUUGAGGAAAAUAACACAAAAACUCAAAAAGAUUCCACUAAGCCCACCGGCAACAGGUUUCGGGUAGUUUUUCCCUUUUCUGGCUGCUGAUUUCUGUCGCACGCCGGAGGCAUGCUGGAUCAAUUCCCAAUUUGUGCGCGACACAUGCUGAACCCAUGGCGGCAACGUGCUUCUUGCGUGCCCUAUCCAUGCCCUACCCUUGCCGAAAAUUUCCUGAGCAAACUUCUUCGGAUGUUCAAAAUCCCAAUGAUUUUCGUUGUUUUCAGUAUCUCAACAUGCAGCUGAAAUACAUUGUUUUGAAUGAGCCGUACUUGCAGUUGCCGUAAACGACGACAGUCUCCUUCACUUUAUCGCUGAAAAGAGGUACGACAUUGCGGUGACGUCGACUUUCGAUUUCUGUGCGGUGGGAAUGGUUGCCCUCUUCGAGAUUCCUGCCGUCGUCACUACGAGCGCAGUCCCGCUCACCCCGCUCCAAUCGAUAAUUAUCGGUCUUCCGACUGUUCCUUCCACGACCAUCCGUACGCCUUUUUGUUUCUCGUAUUUCAACGAUUCACAAUCCAUUUUCAGCACUUUUCCAAUCCGCGGACCUCACAACGCUCUUCGGAAAGUUCUGGAAUGUGGUCAACUGGGCGUACAUUCACCACGUUCAAAUUCCGGAAGUUUUUAGGAUUCAAGAGGACAUUUUCAAAAGGCGAUUCGGAAAAACGAUUCAAUUCAGUCUGAAAGAAGUCGUUUCGAGGAUCGAUGUGUCCUUCAUAAACUCAAAUGAAAUCAUGGAGAAGCCACGCCCCCUUUCGCACAGAGUACAGUACAUUGGAGGCAUCAAUCUGCCGGAUCCGAAGCCGUUGGAUGCGGUCUUCGAUAGACUGUUGUCGGAGAAGACGGUGAUAUUCAGUUUCGGAACACAAGUGGCCGGAAAUAAGUACCCGAGGUAUGCGGUCAGAAACUUUGUGAACGUGUUCAAGCGGUUCCCCGAGUACACGUUUCUGUGGAAGUACGAUGUGCAGGAGGACGAGGAGCAACUGUUCGAGGCGGCUCCGAAUGUGUUCCCACUCGACUGGCUUCCACAGACUGAUUUACUUUGUGAGUUUUUGUGCUGUAUGGCAUGUCUUAUGAUUAUUACUGAUUCAGAUGAUCCACGCGUCGUCGCCUUCAUCUCCCACUGCGGUCUCAACUCGUUCAACGAGGCCUCGUUCGCCGGCAAACCGAUCCUUGCCAUUCCGCUGUUUGCCGAUCAACCCCAUAACACUGAUAACGGUACGUACAUACAUGUACACAUGUACUCUGAACUCUCUUUACUUUGUGCUCCAGGUGUGCUCCGCGGUACAACUGUACGUUUGGACAAGACGAAACUGAGCGAGAAGAGCAUCGAGCAGGGACUGCGCGCGGUGCUCUUCGACAAAUCGUUCACGGCAAACGCGCAGAUGCUUCAGAAAAUGCUGAUCGAGAAGCCGUCGCAGCCGAAGGACCGCUUCGUUCAGUGGGUCGAGUACUCCGCCGCCAACCCGGGACUGCACAGGGUAUUCGAGCUGCCCGGCGCCAGAAUGGGAAUGAUCGAAUACUUUUGCGUCGACGCCGUUUUAUACGUCACCCUAGUCACUGUCGUAUUUGUCUUUUUAAUGUUCAAAGUUUCAAGUUUUCUUUUGUUCAUUGAUUUGUUCGGAUUGCAGAGAAAGAAGGGAGAAUAUAAAUGA